AUGAACCCACAAACUAAUGAAAAAGCUGUUCGACAAAUCUCACAAUGCACCAUCAAACAGCACCAAGUCUUAGAAGAAUCAAAACAACCACACUAUUUGACUCCAUCGGAUCUACCUCUUUUGAAUUUACAUUACAUUCAAAUCGGUCUUCUUUAUCGGAAACCCGCAUCUUCAAUAGAAGAUCCGAACCCAACCAUCACCUUCAUCGAUCAGCAUAAGCAUUCGUUGUCUAUGAUCUUAACUCAUUUCUACCCUCUAUCAGAUCGUAUGGUGACAAAACAGCAAGACAAUCCACCGUUUUAUGGGAUUUACGUAGACUGCAAUAAUGACUCUGAAGGAGCUGAGUUCAUUCAUGCUGCUGCAGACAUAAGUAUGAUGGAUAUUCUUAACCCAGUUGACGUACCGCAAAUCGUCCAAUCAUUUUUCGCUCUAGAGGGAGCCAAUUGCCAUGAUGGACACACCAAGCCUUUUUUAGGGGUACAGGUGACAGAGUUAUUGGAUGGCAUUUUUGUGGGCUGCAGUUUUAACCAUGUUAUAGGUGACGGGACUUCUUUCUGGAAAUUCUUCAAUGCGUUCGCAGAAAUCACUAGGAAAGUAGGAAAAGCUAGCAAAGAAGCAGGUGUUUUUGGAAAAUAA